CAAAUCGCGUUUUGAUAUUCAGAGAUAUUUGUGAAUGUAUUAGCAUUUUUCUCUAAUUUGUAACCUUUYUAGGUUACAGGAAAGCAUUAGGUCUUCUUGUGAAGGAUAUUUAGAAUUUUGGGGUAUAUUUUGAAGAAAUGAGAAUGGUUAUUUGUUGGAAUUGUGCCUGACAAUCAUAAGGUUUCAUUCUGUCAUUGGAGGAGCUUGGAGACGGUCUCAAACACUGCCAUGCAAGCACAAACUAUACAUAAAGGACCGGCACCACAGCCUUCUGUACUUCCUCCUUUACAAAAUCUUCCAUCUUGGUCAAGGAGUUCGCUAGAACGAAGGAGACAGCCUCGACCUAUUGUUCGUGAUCAACAAUCCACCGAUCAUGUCGAAGAUGGCGAUGAGAAAGAUAUUGGAAUGGAUGAACACCAGAAAAACGUUUCGUGUCUGAAUGAGCCAAGGAUUGUUUCAGCUCCCUCUAGAACGGGAGAAAAAGAUCUAAGGCAAAAAGUUACCGAAAUGGAGAAGAGUUUAGACUUUGUUCAAAACGAACAUGCUCAAGUUCUCAAAAAUUUACAUGAAGAAAUUGAAAGAUUAAAGGCUGAAAACAAAGACUUGAACUUCAAGCUCGUAAUGUCACGCUCUGGUGUAAAUGUGGAAGAAAUAAGUCCAGUUCCCUCUGAAGAGAUUGAUAAAUUAUCCCAAUCUCAACGUAAACCAUUAAAUGAAAAACAGUCUUCAGCUAAGAAAGAGAAACAAUCUAAAUCAAGCAAGUCAGCUUCAGAAAGUUUAGAUAAAGUACAAAAACAGACGUCAGAAACAAAGCAAAACUCUAGGAAUUCUUCUGCUUCUAUGAAAAAGAGGCAUCCAUCAGGAUCAAAGUCUUCAACAUCAACAUCAUCUGCCAAGAAGCCAGUUCAUCCAACUGUAGGAUCAGCAAAUAAAUCYAAGUUUUUAUCAAAAGCAAGAGCCAAACAACUUGAGAAAGAAGAAGCAGCUAAAGCUGAAUCAYCAAUUCCAACACCACAGAGUCCUGUCUGGUCMUCCAUUCAUGGUGGACAGCAGAUGAUAAUGGUUACCUUGAGUAAAGAUAAAAUGAUACAAGUUCAUGUUCCUAAUGAGACRGGACCAAGGUCACCUACACUUUCUGAGUGUAAAACUAUUAUUGCUGAACAACAAGAAACCAAUCAUAAGCAGGCUAGAGAGUUGCUUAAAUUGAGGACUGAUCUGAGAGAUGCUAAAUUAAUUCUUGCCAAAAAAUUAAACCAAACUAACCAUCUAGAAGGAAAGUCUUACUCUAAAAUGGAGGCUAGUGCAUCAAAUUUCAGUGGCUCAAACAGUAAUAGACAUUUACCACAGUUACCAUACAGAGAACCUGUAAACUCUGGCAGAUUACCAGCAAGGCCAGCUCCAAGUCAACCAGAGAAGUUCACCCUGCCAAGCCUUAGACCAAAUAUUAAUAGUGGAGUUGCAGAUAGAAGACGUCGUCAACAAGCUAUCCUAAGAGGAAGAGCAGCAAGACCAAAUUUCUACUAGAUGAUAUAUGUCUAUUAAUAAUAUAUAAAUUGGCUUUAUCUAAGUUUCAAUUUCAUUUUAUUUAAUAUUUCCAAAAAAGAUAUUGCACUAAAGUUUAUUCAUUAUAUUUGAGCAUAGUUUUGGUGUAAAGUUUGCUGUGUGCAAAAAUUACUUUGUAAAUAGAUCAGUAUUCUCCUAUUGUUAAAUUGCAUGACAAAAUAGGUUUUUAUUAAACAUMUAAAACUACUAUUUAAAAGGUAUUAUUUAAACCUUCUGUACUAUUUCUAUCCUAAAAAUUUGUUAUUGAUUCUUUACUGCUUGUCAACACAAUAAAUGAGAAUGAUAAGAAUAUCUUGUGAUUA